AUGACAUCAGCCGGCCGGCCGGCCCAACCGCCCGCCGGCUCCGGCUCCCUUGGAACCCGCGGCGCUCAGCACUUCCAGGCAGCCGGCCGGUGCAGCCGCAGCCCCGCGGCGCCUCCCGCCGAGAUACCGUCUCCCCUGGAACGCAGCGAUCCCGCAGGCCCCGGCAGGAACGACGCGGGAGACGUGCCAGGAGCGCGGCCAGGUCCCCAGCUGCUCUUCCAGCCUACCAUUCACUCACCCCCGUCUUCUGUCCCAAGGGGAGGGGGCCUGGGGAAGCGGGGUCUCCAUUGUUUUGCCAGCUGUCUAGCAGCUGCUCCUUUGAGAGGAGCCCGCUGUCGGCCUGGCAGUGAAAGGGUGAAGGCCGCUGGGAGGGAUAAAGGGUUCGGUGGAGGUGCUCGCCUUCCCCGCUGCCUUCCUCGGAGCCUCGCUCGGUCGGUCGGUCGGUCGGUCGGCCUGGGGGGGAGGGGGGGCCGGGGCCUGGCCCCGAGAAGCCCCCUAUCCCGGAGGCUGCAGCCUCCACCCCGCAGCCCGGGGCCACCUGGGCUCCCCUCAGCCCUCAAUCCCCCUAAACCGAGGGCCACCCUGCCCUGCCUCCGCGCGCUCCCGAGCUGGCACAAGGGGCCGGAGCUCCCCUCCCCGCCCCUCCUUGUCGGCCCCCAUUCCCGGGCGCCCAGCUCCGCGGCGCGGCCGGGGACCGGAGCCGGGAGUCCGGGCCGCCGCUUCCAGGGGACAGUGGGGGAGGAGGAGCCGGCGGGCCCCGCCGCCCGCCCGCCUUCCCGGCCCGAGCCCGCCCCGCCGCCCCACCCGGCCCGGGCAGCCCCCGAGCGGCCGCCCCCGCCGCCCCGCGCUCACCGGCCGCCGGAGCCCGCCCGGCAGGCAGCAGAAGCGGAGACGCGGCAUCCAGCGGCCCCGGCCCGGUCCGGGCUGGAGCGCAGCGCGGCGCAGCGCAGCGCCGCCCCCCGCGGCCGCGCGAGCAGAGCCGAAAGGGAGCUCCCUGCUGGCGGCUCCCGGGAUAAACGCCCGGCCUUCCUGGCAGCGCCUGGGCGCGCCUCCAGAACGGGCCAUGCGGGCACUGGGCGCUGCUCUGGGAGCCUUCUGCCCGCGUCCGAGAGGCCUGGAGCUCCCGUCUGCGCUGGGCGCCGGAGGCCGCUGGGCAUGCCCAGGGCAGGCACCGUGCCCGCAUGUAUAGAGCAGGUUCCUUCCAAGGCCUGCACUGGACUCCGCGCGCUGGCUGUGUCCGAGAGGGUGCUGCCCAGGGCAGUGCUGUGCGGAGGACGCAUUCGAGUCUUGCUGGUCACAUCUUCCCAGGGUGGCUCUGCAGGGGCAGACAUAGGGCGCUGCUCGAUGGUGCCAGAUGGCUUAGGCCGAAGCAGACACUGCCCGCAUGUCCAGGGUGGCACUCGCAGAAUGUAAUCCCCAGGGUGGUAGCUUGGUCUGAGAGAGCCCUGCCUCAAGUGCAGCUGCCUGAGGGGUGUACCGGGGCCCAGGAGACGCAGCCCUCAGCGGUGAUCACUCAGUCCCCAAAGGAGUCCAACGAUGCUAAUAAGAUUAACACCUUUCAGAAGCUUCUUGGUUUAUAGGUCCCGUCAUGUCCUCAUCCAGUGAGAUGUUUACCCAGGAAAGGAUUAGAGGUGUCCUGGGAGAGGCCAGAGGUGUUUAGAGACCAGUCUUCCAAGGAAACACAUCUAGAAAAGAUGUUGCUACAACCAGUGUCAUGGUGAUGAUUGUUUACAUACAACAUCAAAGGCAUGAUUCAUGAAAGAAAAAAUUGAUAAGCUGAACUUCUUAAAAAUUAAAAACAUCUGUUCUGCAAAAGACAAUACUAAGAGAUCACAAGCCACAGACUGGGAGAGAAAAUUUGCAAAAGACACAUCUGAUAAAGGACGGUUGUCAGAAAUACAUGAAGAACUUUUAAAUCUCAACAAUAAGAAAGCAAACAGUCCUAUUUAAAAAUGGUC